CAAUGGGCAGUGGUAGUCAUGUGAUCACGGCUGAUUCAGCCGAUUCAUUCAGCUGACUCACGGGACGCUGAUGCAUGAUUUGUUUUCUACUUUCGUUACUCCUGCUAAAAUUCCACUGUGUGAUAGUUAAUUGCAGAGAUGGACAUCUUUGGAAAGAAGCCAACACCGGCUGAACAAAUGCGGCAACAAAACAGAGAUCUGAGGAAAACACAGAGGGACAUUGAACGGGAUCGUCGAGGACUGGAAAAGCAAGAGAAACAACUGGAACUCGAUAUUAAAAAGGCAGCAAAGCAGGGUGACAAGAACCUAUGCACCAUCUUAGCAAAACAACUAGUCCAGUGCCGCAAGCAGAAAGCACGAACAUACACUGCAUCGUCUAAGGUUCAAGCAGUAGGUGCGCAAUGUAAAACGAUGCACGCAAGCUCCAAACUGGCAGGUGCCAUGGCAACUACAGCUAAGACUAUGGGUACAGUGAACAAACAGUUGAAGCCAGAGCAACUAAUGAAGAACAUGCAAGAAUUUGAAAAGCAGAGCAUGAAGAUGGGCAUGACUGAAGAAAUGGUGGACGAAACUUUAAAUUCCAUCUUGGACGAAUCCGGGGAUGAAGAGGAACAGGAUGCAGUUGUUACUCAAGUCCUCGAUGAGAUUGGUAUUGAGCUUUCUGGGAAGCUGGCUGAAGCACCUUCUGCACGAGCUGAUCCCCUAGGGAGCACUUCAAAAGCGAGGUUACCCACAGAUGACGAGAUUGAACGGCAGCUGGCACAACUACGAACAUGACUGCAUGGCUGUUGAGAUAAAAAGCAGAUAAACCAGUAAAGGAGAGGAGGAUGAUAAAGGAGGAGAAGGAAGAGCCUUAAAAAGAGGAGUUUUAAUUUGUGAUCGGUUCUUAGUUUGACACUUACGGCCUGGCCUCACAACACUGCUCAGACCUGGUACAGAAGAAGAAGAAGAGCACAACCACACAUUCCUCAAACACACUCCACUUCUACAGGGCUACCAAAGCUGGCACGGUCUACCUAUAGGUGCUAUAGAAUGAAGGCACCUGCCCAUAUUUCUCUUUUCAGAGCAUGAACACUAAUCGAGACUGCCAAAACCCAACUAAUAUAACAGCAGUCAGCUCGAGAUAUAUAUUGAUAUGAUGAAGGCACUUGUCUGGCAUGAUUGCAGUACACAUGCAGAUCAAACAUCAACUCGUAUGGCAUGCUGUGUGGGGUGUAUGGUUACCAUAAAUGAGCAUGUGAUCUUUAGAAAGAGAAAUGCUCUAAUCCUUAUGUUUUGCUCCAUGUGAUGUACCUUUAGUCUCAAUGCAGCAACAUAUCUGCCUGUUGGGGACACAUGCAACAAUAUCGUCCCAGAUGUAUGACAAAGCAGCGGUCCUUGUCAAAACCUUCUGAUCACAAAGAACCCUUACUUUUCCA